UCACAUAAAAAUCGGAACUUGGGCCAGUGAGGCCAGUAACUGACAGAAGCAAAGAUCAGCAACAUCGCAGAAAGCUCCCUGGGUCCCGGCUGCAAGGCUUCCCGUAAAUAUGCACUUCCCGAACCACUCUGAUUGUGAAAAGUAUCAGCAAUUCCUUUCUACAGUGCAAGCUUCACCUGUUGGUGGUAGGAGGUCAGUGGUUGGAGGCCUGAUGAAAACUAAACCAAAGGUUCUGGGACUGCUGGUAUGGACGCUCAUCGCUGGAACGGAGUACUUCCGGGUCCCUGCCUUUGGCUGGGUCAUGUUCGUAGCUGUGUUUUACUGGGUCCUCACCGUCUUCUUCCUCAUCAUCUACCUAACGAUGACCUACACCAGGAUCCCCCAGGUGCCCUGGACCACGGUGGGUCUGUGGUUUAACGGCAGUGCCUUCGCCUUAUACCUCUCAGCCGCUAUUGUGGACGCAUCUUCCGUCUCCCCGGAGAGAGACAGUCACAACUUCAACAGCUGGGCGGCUUCGUCGUUCUUCGCCUUCCUGGUUACCAUCUGCUACGCUGGAAACACUUAUUUCAGUUUUAUAGCUUGGAGAUCCAGGACCAUACAGUGAUUCACCAUUUUGAAAAUUAAAAGGGGGGAAAAAAAGGAAGACUCACUGUAAACAAACAAACAAACAAAAAACAAACCUGUAGGUAUAAUGUAUAUUUCCAGAGAUUUGUAUUUAACUAAUGUUUUUAUAUACUUAGUUAAAUUUGCUCACACUGGUUUGUUACAAUUAAACUGGAUACUUAUCUGCUGUA